GCAGGCAGUUCCGGCUGGUCGCGCGUGGCGGCGGGAGCGCGAGGCCUGCGCGGGAGCCGCGCCGCAGCCAUGGUGCUGCUGCACGUCCUCUUCGAGCACGCGGCCGGCUACGCGCUCUUCGCCCUCAAGCAGGUGGAGGAGGUCGGGCUGCUGCUGCCUCAGGUGGAGCAGAGCGUGCUGAACCUCGGCAAGUUCCUGUCCGUGGUCAAGCUGGUCGCCUUCUUCCCGUUCAAGUCCGCGCAGAGCGCCUUGGAGAACAUCAACGCGGUCUCGGAAGGGAUCCUGCACGAGGACCUCCGCCUCUUCCUGGAGACCAACUUGCCGGCCAAGAAGAAGAAAGUCCUUGUUGGGGUCAGCGAUGCCAAAAUCGGGGCUGCCGUCCAGGAAGAGCUGGGCUACCAGUGCCAGACGGGCGGCGUGGUCGCCGAGAUCACCCGAGGUAUCCGGCUGCACUUCCACAGCUUGGUUAAGGGUUUAACAGCUCAGUCUGCCUCCAAAGCCCAGCUGGGACUCGGGCACAGCUACUCCCGAGCCAAAGUAAAGUUCAACGUGAACCGGGUGGAUAACAUGAUCAUACAGUCCAUCAGCCUCUUGGACCAGCUCGAUAAAGACAUCAACACCUUCUCCAUGCGGGUCCGAGAGUGGUACGGGUAUCACUUCCCGGAGCUGAUCAAGAUCGUGACUGACAACUAUACCUACUGCCGCCUGGCCAAGCUCAUUGGCAACCGGAAGGAGCUGAGCGAGGAGAGCCUGGAGGGGCUGGAAGAGGUUGUCAUGGACAGCGCCAAGGCCCAGGCGAUCCUGGAGGCCUCCCGCUCCUCCAUGGGUAUGGACAUUUCUCCCAUUGACCUCAUCAACAUCGAGAGCUUCUCCAGCCGCGUGAUCUCUCUCUCCGAGUACCGGAAGAGCCUGCAGGAGUAUCUCCGCUCCAAGAUGAGCCAGGUGGCCCCCAGCCUCUCCGCCCUGAUCGGAGAAGUGGUGGGUGCCCGCCUGAUCUCGCAUGCCGGCAGCCUCACCAAUCUGGCCAAGUAUCCGGCCUCCACGGUGCAGAUCCUGGGUGCAGAAAAGGCCCUCUUCAGGGCCCUGAAGACCCGGGGCAACACUCCCAAGUACGGCCUGAUAUUCCACUCCACCUUCAUCGGGAGGGCAGCCGCCAAGAACAAGGGGCGCAUCUCCCGCUACCUGGCCAACAAGUGCACCAUCGCCUCCCGCAUCGACUGCUUCUCGGAGGUCCCCACGGCGGUCUUCGGAGACAAGCUGCGGGAGCAGGUAGAGGAGCGCCUGGCCUUUUAUGAGACCGGGGAGCCGCCGCGCAAGAACCUGGACGUCAUGAAGGAGGCGGUGGUGGAGGCGACAGAAGUGGCUGCCGAAAUCAAAAGGAAGCUGGAGAAGAAAGAGAAGAAAAGGCGGAAGCGGGAGAAGCAGCGCCUGGAGGCACUGGCGGCAGCCGAGGCGGCGGAAAACUCCGUGGCAGAGGCCACGGAAACCGAGGCCGAGCCCAAGAGGAAGAAGCGAAAGCGCGAGGAAGUGAAGGAGGAGGAGCUGGAGCCGGCCGAGAACGGCCUGGAGGAAGAAGCAGCCUCGCCCAGGAAGAAGAAGAAGAAGAAGCUGGCCGCUGUGGAGCCGCCACCACCGAAGGUGAAACGGACAAAAAAGAGCAAGGCCCUGAUGGAGGAUUAGUGGGCGAGCCGCUCGCCCCCCAGCAGCCGGCCGAAGUAGGCUGGCUCCCUGCGCGGCUUUCCUCCGGCUGGCGGCCCUCGGCUCCGCGCCCGGCACUCUCAAGGCAAGUGAAUGUACCCGGCCAGCCUGGAAGGCCCGAGCCGCUGCCCGGACCCUGGCAGGGCUCUCGGGCCCCUCGCGGAAGGGCAGAAAUGCCGGCGGGGUGGGCAGGGGGCCUUCUGUGCCUGCCCCGAGGCGGGAGGCGCUCGUCUGCCAGCGCCCUGCGGAGGAGAGAACGGGCAGGGCGCUGAAGUGGCUGCCCGCCCAGUGCCUGCGUCUCCAGCAGAAGCCGGAGCUUGUCAGCCUGCCAUUUUGUGUACUCAAACUGCUGAUACAAUAAAAUGAGCUUUUUUCCCAA